AUGGAGGAAGAACGAUUAAAGCCAACUACUUCAGCAGCUGCAAAACGUUUUUUCAACAAGAAUUCUAUUCCACUUUCCACAUCACGAUCUACACCUACAUUAAACGACCUUGUGCAUGUGCCUCUUAUAAAACGUAAAGUAGUUGACUUGUCUACCUCUAUGCGUCGUGGCAGUAGUCAACAAGCAACUCAAGUCUCAUCCAUACAACCACCAGAACAACCCAAGAAAGAAACUGCUUCCAAACGAAGACAUUCAUUCAGUAGUUUCUUGAAUGCAAAAUAUGGUAAACUUGCUCAAGUGGAAGAAACACGACACUAUAAGACACCUACGACCACAAGUCCAACCAAUUUUACAAGCACAACGUCUGUCAAGAGCACAGUGCAGCGUGCCAAAGGUCAUCGACCUCGGUCCUAUUCAGAAGUGUCGUUUAAUUUGCCUCAAGUGGAAAGAGCUCCACCUGUAGCUAUUACCAAUAAAACACCUGCAUAUGAAUAUUAUGGUUUUGUCAUGUAUCUAGCUUCUUUUGUUAUUCUCGGCAUUUAUUUGAUUUGGGCCUUUGUACCUGAUGAGAUUUUACAUCGUCUAGGCAUCACAUACUAUCCCAACAGGUAA